UUCCGCCUCCUUCACCAGACAAUGGCUCUCGCCUUGCUCACUCGUACUUCAGUCGCCGUUGUCUUCACGAAGAGCUGCAGCAAUCAAGCGUUUUUUAAUCUAGCCCGCAAGUCAUCUGCUAUCAAUAGUAGUUGUAUCGUACCGUUGCAAUUGCAAAAGUGCAACUACACUAAAAAAGCCAUGUCUUUGCCACGUUGUUUUUUUGAUAUGGUUGUUGAUAAUAAACCGCUCGGACGAAUCGUUAUCGAGCUACGACCAGACGUGACACCCAAAACCUGCGAAAACUUUCGUGCUCUAUGUACCGGCGAGAAAGGCUUCGGCUACAAGGGGUCCAUUUUCCAUCGUGUCAUCCCGAACUUCAUGUGCCAGGGAGGUGACUUCCAAAACCAUAAUGGAACCGGCGGCAAGUCCAUCUAUGGCAACAAGUUCGAAGAUGAAAAUUUCAUCCUGAAGCACACUGGACCGGGAAUUUUGUCGAUGGCAAACGCAGGGCCGCACACCAACGGUUCGCAAUUUUUCAUCACCACGGUUAAGACGUCCUGGCUCGACAAUCGCCACGUCGUGUUUGGAUGCGUCGUCGAUGGAAUGGAUGUAGUACGGAAGAUCGAAUCAUUCGGCUGUCACUCCGGCAAACCAUCUAAACAGAUCGUGGUGGCCAACUGUGGAAUGCUGUAAUAUGCAGCGCUUGCUACUCUGGUCGUUCUUUUCGUCUUCGUCGUCACGUUCGUCUAUCGAUACACUCUGCAUUUCUUCGGUGAAGAACACAUGUGUUAAAUGUGAUUUUUCCUAUUAAUUUCAUAUUGCUAGUGACAGCUAACCAUGGUGUAGUGAAGACGAGUCGAUAGAAUGGGACGGUACGCCAGUCUAAUUUAAAAGCAAUUCAGAAAAGCCCCAGGCAGUUUACAAAGUCGUCUCUCAUGAAACGUAGCAUCUUUAGCUAGUUAAUUAACAAUUCACUGUCAUAAAUACGGCCCAGUCCGUUCUUCUAAGGUAAAAAAAAACAAUCCAGUGUCAGUUAAUAACUCACAGAAUGUUAGGUUGGCGUUGUAUUGUGCCACAUUUUCAAUGAGUUUCUUGAAUAGUUUCGAUCUUGGUUUCAUGGUCUUUUUACAGGCCCAUUCUAUCGACUCGAACAUUGAUACUCCUAUAAAACAACGGAACAGUCUAUAUCAACCGCCUUGAUUCAAUCCAUUCAACCAGGGAGCAGAGUUUUUGACCUAGAGUAGAUUGAGUUUCCGACUAGAGAACGUGCAAUCCAAAAAUCCUUGUACGCUUAACCCUUCAGCCGGUGUCACUAGCUAUAACUGCAUAGUGUGUUGCACACACGCUGUCAUUUAGUGGAGCCAGUGGAACUUGUAUAGUGCUUAGUAGGAGAAAAGCUGGAGAAAAGUUGGAUUAUAUAUGUAGGUUGAAUUCUAUCUCCUUGUAUUACGGCUUAUUCAUUGCUCUGAUGUAACAUAAUCAAUAUUUUCGGAUUUCAUUUGAUUAAUAAUGAACGUUUUUUUCCUAUUUAUCGCCUUCUCUUGCUGUAUGUUUCUUAAAGUAGUUUGCAAUCUGCCGCCCGGUGAUAGGACAGUCGGUAAACGCUCGUCGUUGUCACGCAGCCGGCCAUGGUUUCGAUUCCCGAUACCGCCGUGACAACGAGGGGUUGGCGCGGUACCAACAACCCCGCCGGUAGAAACAAACCGUUACAGAAAAGCAUCAGAGAUUAACAUUGUCUCUGGUGCCAGGCUAAGACCGCUCAGCGGUUGGUGUCCAACAAGAAGAAGUAUGCAAUCUACUCAAAACAACAGGAGCCUAACAUUGACUCCUAAGGACAUGCAGUAAUGUUGGUGAUGGCGGAAGAAUUUGUUUACAUCGGAUAAUAAGCUAAGAUUAUUAGGUUUUUUUGGAUUUCAUAUACUCUAUUAGGAAAAUCAGCGUACUCUAUUUUGACCUAUUCGACAGUAACGCCAUCAGAACGCGCGUCGUUCAACCUAAAGUAAGUUAACGCAUCUCGCCCACGUAAAACCGGAGCAGUAGCUAGUCGGGGUGUCUAAAUUCGAUAAAAACUAAUUUAGGAUAUAAACAAUUCAACGGCAAGUUCAUUAGCUUUUUUUAUAUAUAGAGUUGUUGUUGACAGCCAUCACCGUGUAGUUAUUCAGUAACGGCGAAGGCAGUUGUAAAUGUUUCAAUAAGUUUUUAGCGAAUUGAGCAGCAACGACUAGCGAACUCUUGGUCCUUCUAAAGCAAAGUUGGGAACGGGGAACUGUCUUUCUUCAGCCAAUCAGGACGUGUCAGACGAUUCAUUUCAUUCAAUCAAAUCGCAUGUUUUUCAGGCGUGAUAAUAUAGGAGUUUCACUGUAUUUAAUAUGGACCUUUCUUGAUUCGUUAUUUUGUUUUUUUGGCAUAACAGCGGAUGCGCUUUAAUAACGCCAAGAUUCAUCCAAUCAGUGAGCAAUGUUUUUGACAGAUGGACGAACGGUAACGUCGUCAGAACGCGUCGAUCAAUCAAUGACGGCAUACAGACGUUCUAAAGUUUUGAUAGAACCAAUAAAGUAACUACUUUUUGUAGA